AUGCCGCCAAGAUCAAGCGCAUUCACCACAUGCUUGAAUCAAAGCUCCUCACACGGCUCCAUUGCUGCAAACGCUUCGAUAUGGCCAGUACAGAUCUGUGAGAGUGGCUUAGGCUCCUCUUCAUCCACAUCCUCCUCUGAAGCGAGUCGUAGCAGGCUCACCUACGUGCCACUUGAGCAGCUCGAGUUUGAAGACGUUUCCUUCUUUUGCGACUUUGCCCUUCUGGCCAACCUUCAGCAUCCACAUCACGUCGAUCGAGAUACUGAUCUGCCCACAUCCCAACGGACCUCAGCUGGUGCUAAACGUAAGCGAUCACCUUCCAACAAAGACGCCCAUGACUCUGCACCGAGCGCCAAGAAAACGGGAAAACAUGUGACACCCACCCAUGAGGUGCUUGACCAGGCACAUCUGAUUCACACAAGCUGCUACUUUUGUAUCAAGCCUCGCGACGCCCAUGACACUGAACUUGUCCUCAGUCUCAAGCAGGCGCUUCGAGCCACGUCAUCGUCCAUACCACUACAUCUCUCCCCUCUCGGUCUUUCUGUCUCGAGCUGCUCAACAGACCGUCCAGCCGACAGCAUCAUUGUUGCAACUCUGCUCAUCUCCGAUCCAGAAACGCGCAAACCCAUCAUCCAACUUCCGGUGUUGAACACCGAUCACUUUGCCCACCCCCAUCUCGAUCUGGGCAAGCUUACCAACGGCCUGUGGCUCGUAUCUUUGAUAAACCUCCUCUCGACCAGUGCCUCGACAGGUACCCAGCUAUCCGUUCUGCCUGACUUCACCCUCGAUGUGGUUUCGACUCCUCCCGAUUAUCCAUCCGAUCGCCUCACCGCCGGCUCCCUCUUUCUCAGGCUCAACAUACACGUUUGUGCUGCCAUUUCCACACAAGCCACCGCCCCAUUGGCCCGCGAAAAAAUCAUAGACAUGGCCAGGCUUGUACACUUUGCCGACCAAUGGCCCGAUCACGUCGACAUGGGUGCAGACGUCGACGCCAGCUUUGUCUACCAGAAUCUGCGUCCAGCUUCGCUUCAAGCUCCAGAGGCUGUCCAGCAUCUCGAUCUCGUCCCCACCUUGCUACCCUUCCAGAAGCGCUCAACUGCAUUCGUUCUCGGGCGCGAAGGCUGCGUGUUUGAUUCACACGGUAACAUUACAAAGAGCCACAGAAUCAUCGCACAUGAUGGCCAGAGCAACGUCGGUCUCUGGUGGAAGCAAGUUGGUCCUCAGCUAUACUACAACUGGAUUGAGGCGCGUUUCGUUCGAGACCCCAAUAUAACGCUACACAGCGACCUCAAAGGAGCCAUGCUCGCCGAAGAAAUGGGUCUAGGAAAGACGGUAGAAGCCGUGGCUCUCAUUCUGCUCAAUCCCGACCCUUUGGCCUCCUCCCGUCCGGGUUGGUACGAUGUGCGUAAUCAGAUCGACGUAGUGCCCACCAAGACCACCCUCAUUGUCGCACCCGAGUCACUGCGUGCACAGUGGAUCGAAGAGAUUGCCCAGCAUGCGCCAUCGCUUGCCGUUUACUCGUAUCAGAGCAGGACCAAGGCUGAAAGCGACGUACCCGAGCAUCUCACCUGGGAGGCCUGGGCGCAACGAUUCGACAUUAUGAUCAUCUCGUAUAGCACGCUUGGCAGAGAACUCAGCACCGCCAAGAGUGCUCCUGAGCGCUCUCGUCGUCACCAACGCAAGUACGAACGCCCUCGUAGCCCGCUCGUUAAGCUACAUUUUCAUCGUGUGCUCAUGGACGAGGUACAGAUGAUCGGUAACUCCAACGCAGCCGAAACGGUAUCCAUGAUUUCGCGCAGCUCGUCCAUUGCUAUCUCCGGUACACCUGUCAAAAAGAUGGACGAUCUCCGAUCGUGCUUCCGCUUCCUUCGUGUCCCAGGUUAUCUCGCCACCAACAGCGAGUGGCAAGCACUUACACAUCCCUUGCUUGCACCUGCCCUUGUACGCGUGUUGCAGACCAUCGGUACGCGCCACACCAAGGCGCAAGUGGCUUCAGAGAUGGCGCUUCCAAUUCAAACUCGCGCAGUGGUUCCGAUCGAUUUCACCUCGAUCGAGGCUGCAUUCUACGCAGAUGUCUGGAAAGAAGCUCUCUCGGAGAUCGCGUAUACACACGACGGCAAUCCCCAAACCCCUGACCAGCAACCUGAUACUGUCAAGAUGCGCCACCACCUACUACUCUUGCGCCAGGCCUGCACCCAUCCACAAGUUGCCGUCACGUUUCGUUCUGGUGUCGUCGGCUCCAAGAACCUCCGUAACAUCGAUGAGGUGCUCGAGCUGAUGAUUGACUCGACUCGCACCGAGCUUCACAGUAGCCGCACGUUCUGGUUCGGUCGUCGCAUCCAUCGAAACAUCCUCGUCCUAUAUCGCCGCCAAGAGGAUCAGCGUACCCUCGCAGCUGCACAGUUUGAUGACAUCGAGGCCGAAAUUUACACGAAUAUCGCCGUACUCGAGCACGAGAUUCGUGCGGCGGCCAGCCUCGGCCCCCUCUAUCAAUUCACGCAACAAGAAUUGCAAUGGGAGCAAAAGGCCGAAACGCAAGAGCCAAGGCUGGUCGCAGAUCUCUCAAACGCCAAAGUGGAUGAAGAUGUCGAAAGUGCCUUGGAAGCACUCGUUGGCGAUCAACAGGCCUUCCUUGUUCUUAAGGAGAAACGAAAAGCCAGAGCCAACCACAUCACUCAGCUCAAAUCUCUGCUCCGCAAUCUGCUCAUGAAGCUCCAUCGCCUCUUGCAAUUCGUAGGCAAUCUGUACUUUCAACGAGGAGAAUAUUUGGACGAGAAAGAGAAAGAAGUCCAGCCACAACAGCGAACAGAAGCUUCAGUCACGAACGGUGCCGAUACCACCACUAUCAAGCUCGAGAUGGUUAACAAUGUCAAACAAAUGCCUAACAAGCAUGCCAAUACACAUUUCGCAACUUCAGACAUCGCCACGAUUGAAGGAGAGCAUGCGAAAUUAGUCAGCGAGGCCCAGGUUGAUCUAAAGCGGUCAGCUUUAGAUGUAUCAGCGAUGACUCGCGAACGUCAAGCUCUCAAGGACAAAGAGGAUGCUGCCUACGCCAAGGCCGAAAAGAUUCGUCAACGUCUGCUCACGGAAGCCCGCGAAAUGGUCCAGAUAGGGAUCACUAAGCUCAGUCGCGACCAGCUCACACUGGACGUCAAUGCCGUUCGAGUAUCAGACGAGCUUUUCCAAAGUGGCGGUGGCCUUAUCAGCCAAGAGUCAUACCAUGGCUUAUCCGAUAUCGUAGAUCUGCUCAAUAGACACGCUCAAGUGCUGUUUGCAUGGCGCGAAAGCAUCAUCGCUCGUUUAGUGCGUGCGGUAAACCGCGAUGUGAGCCUCGAGCACGAGGACGACGACCAGUAUCAGGAGAACCUGGACACGCAAGCCGAGGUUGAAGUGCUGCUCGAAAUGUAUCGCCCGCUCUUGUCCGAGCGUGAAAAGAUUCUCAAGGGUAGUGUAGCUGUUGGAGCUACCGACAAACCGCGGCUGUUCAAAGAGACCGAAGCGGCUGUUCGGGUGGCUCGGCAAAACAAGCUCAGAGGUAUCGCACCGGACCCAGAAACCGACGAGGAGCUUCUGCGGGUGCAGCAACAGCAGCUGGAGCAAUUUAAGAAGCUAGAUCAAGAGCGCCAAACUGUGUCGCUGCGGGGCAAUUUGGUGUCCUUGACCGAUGAGGCCGAGCAUCUCAAAUCUCUACGCGACAACAGCCUUCGUGCUGAAGAGACCGAACUAGCUAGGCAGGCAUAUCUCGAGGCAAGACGCAUCAUGAGCGACCAAGUUAGAUUCCUAGACAAGCUCAGAAACGAGGAGAAGAAUUUUUUGACAUCGCUCUUCAACGCGCGCAGUCAAUACUUUAAAGAAAUCCAGGUCAUCUCAGACACGGUGCGCGAUCCUCUCUUUAUGGAUCUGGAGAAGAGUAUCCAAGCGACGCAGAAGCAAGAGGCUGAUCUGAUCACCAAAGUGGACGAGCUCGAACGGCGAUUGCGAUACUUGACGCAUCUGCAGAUGGUGCAAUCGACAGACGAGCUGGACGAAGCGGCCAAGAUCUGCAAUAUCUGCACAGAUCCGAUCGAGAUAGGCAUCCUUACCAACAAGUGCGGUCACGUUUGCUGCGAGAAAUGUUGGAAAGAGUGGCAGUCGCAAGGCCACCGCACCUGCGUUCUAUGUCAGACGAGGGUGUUACCCAGCGAGGUCCACCGCAUCAUCUACAGCAGCAACAAGAAUGCGACAGUCCAAGACGCGCAGGCGGGGCCGGGAGGUGAGGAACGCGCAAACCAAGAAGCGAUGCUAAAUGGCCGCAGCACUUCAGCCGUGGUAAAGGUACAGUAUCACGAGCUCGACGACUCGCUGCGAUCCUCUUUGAAUCGGCUUGCGAUCCAAGGCCGUUUUGGCUCCAAGAUCGACCAUGUCACCAAACACGUGCAACACAUCCUCAGCACCACGGGCGAAAAAUCGCUCAUCUUUUCGUCAUUUGGACGAGGACUUGAUGUGGUAGCCCAAUCUUUGACGGCCAAUGGCAUUCGGUUCGUGCGUGUUACCGGAGCGGGCAAGCUCGGUGGUGCAGCAUCCAAGGUGUUUCGCAGCGACCCCAACGUUCACGUCAUGCUUCUCCACUCGGAAGCGCAGAGCUCGGGUCUCAACCUGCUCGCUGCCUCGCACAUUCACAUUCUCGAGCCGUUGCUCAACACGAGCCAGGAGCUGCAGGCGAUCGGGCGGGUGCAUCGAAUCGGACAAACCAAGGAGACUAGAAUUUGGUGCUACUAUGUCAAAGAUACGGUUGAAGAGAGGAUCUUGGCUUUGUCGGCGUACAAGGGGCAGAGCCUUUAUCUUGAAGGUCGUAACACGAGCUUGUCCGAUGGACCCAGCACGUUCCGUGCCUUCAAGUCGUCGCCCAUGCCCAUGCGCUCGACAAAUGGCGACGCCGCCGAACUCUCGAAAGAAGACGCCAAGAAGUGGUCGGCUUUUGGCAAAGGUAGCAUAACUGGAGCUGGCGGGACUAUGCGCGGCGACGUGACGAGCAACAGCGCCGAGUUGCUGGCUUGUUACUUUGCUCAGUACUUGGCACAGCUCGGCCGAUCGCCGGCAAACUAUUUCGAGCCGUCGUCCCGGGCGAGCUCAGCUGUCGAUCGCCGUCAGGCCACUGACGGGGCGAUGGAGGAUGCUGUCGCUGACGGCAUCGUCCAGGAGGAGGACGAGCUCAGCCAGAUGCGAAGAGCAAGGCUGGCAGCAUUUGAGCAACGUCAGGCGACCGGUGCAGCGUGA